AUGUUCCCAUCAAUAAUAAAGGUUGGCCUGCCAAAAACGACUCUUAGACUGGCUUCGCAGCCCAAACCAAGUAUCUGGGUUUGCCCCAAGCCGGUGGCCAGAUCUGCUCGAGUCUAUUUGAGAAAACCAUUGCUGGCAACUGCCUUGCUCUCUAGACAAUUCCACACGGGUUUUCCUCGUUUGAACGAGCUCGAACCGUUACCACCUGUCAAGCGGCCGAAAUCAAGUUUUUGGACGAAUACCGCUGUCGGAAGAGUGUUGAAGCUGUUUUUCUACACAUCAGGUGUUGUUAGCGGAACAAUUGUUCUUCUUCUGUCUGCAUUCUUUGUUUAUGAUUACACGACUUACACUCCACCAGAAAUUAUAGAAAAUCUCCUAGUUCCCGAGAGUGCCCUGAAUCCUCCAAUCGGCGGGCCAGAGAACUUGCCAAUUCUGACCGAUCACCUCGACUCAUUUGACAGUCCAGCAAAGGAGGAGCUGAGAAGAAAACCGCACUUGGUUAUUCUGGGUUCCGGCUGGGGAUCAGUUGGAUUGCUCGGAAACCUGGACAAGAACGAUUAUGAUGUCACCGUUAUCUCUCCGAUCAAUUACUUUUUGUUCACCCCUAUGCUUCCCUGUGCCGCCGUCGGCACUCUAGAGCUCAAGUCCUUGAUGGAAAGCAUCAGACACAUUGUCCGCAGAGUCAACGGCCAUUAUCUAGAGGCCUCAGCAGAAAAAAUCCUGUUCAGUGAAAAGCUUAUCAAGGUCAAGGUCCCAGGAACUGAUCAGCGCUUUUAUGUUCCUUACGACAAGCUUGUCAUUGCAGUUGGAUCCACAUCUAACACUCACGGCGUUAAAGGAUUGGAAUACAGCAACCAACUUAAAACGGCAGAGGAUGCAGUGGAAAUUCGACGCAAGAUCGUGACCAACCUGGAAAAAGCAUGCCUACCAACAACCUCGGACGAAGAAAGAAAGAAGCUACUUUCUUUCGUCAUUUGCGGUGCCGGCCCUACCGGUGUUGAAGUCGCAGCAGAAAUCUUCGACUUAUUGAAUGAAGAUCUGACCAGAAGCUUCCCUAAAAUUUUGAGACAAGAAAUCUCGAUCCACAUUAUUCAAUCUAGAUCGCACAUUUUGAACACUUACGACAAGGCCAUCUCCGAAUAUGCCAUGAAGCGGUUUGAACAUGAUCAAAUCGAUCUUCUAACCAAUUCCAGAGUUAGAGAAAUAUUGCCUAACCAAGUCAUUUUCGACCAAAAGACAGCCAGCGGUGAGACAGAGACCAAGAGCGUGCCGUUUGGAUUGUGUCUAUGGUCCACAGGUGUCGCACAGAAUCCAUUAGCCCAGCAAGUUGUUAAGGACUUAGCAGGCUCGCAAAAGAAUAAACGUGCCAUCGAGACCGAUGCACAGUUGCGGGUCAUUGGUGCCCCUCUUGGUGACGUCUAUGCAAUUGGAGACUGUGCCACUGUGCGUACCGAGCUGGCAGAGCACUGUUCCGACUACGUCAGAAAAUACAUCAUUGGCUCUCAAUCUCACAAAUUCAUUCGUUCUCACCACAUUAUCACCGAUGACGAUAUUAAACACGUCGACCUCACUUACAAUGAGCUGAAACAGCUUUGCACACAAAUUUCCCAGAUGAACCCGCUUGCUGCAGAAGCGCUCUCCCUAGUUGAAGAGCUCGUUCCAAAAUAUGAUCCAGAAGGCCGGAGAAAACUUAAUUUUGACCAAGUCAAGCUGCUCAUGAAGGAAGUCGAUUCCAAAGUCACCUCUCUGCCAGCCACUGCUCAGCGGGCCAACCAGCAGGGCAAAUAUAUGGGCAAAAAGCUCUCAAAAUUACGCAAAUCGUCCACCACUUUGUCAAUCAACGAUAUCGUGGAUGGUGAUAUUGAUAACGCCAUUGCCCGUCCUUUCAAAUAUAGACAUUUGGGCUCUUUGGCAUACAUUGGAAACUCAGCUGUUUUCGAUUUUGCACCAGGAUACUCGUUCGUUGGAGAUAUCAUCGCUGUCUACCUGUGGAGAAGUAUUUACUUCGCCCAGAGUGUCAGCUUCAGAACCCGUGUGCUGCUAUUCAUGGAUUGGUUGAACAGAGGUAUUUUUGGUAGGGAUAUCUUGACUGUUUAA